CGCCUCUACUGCGUACUCCUAGAGUGCUGCCCCGAGGCCGACCCGCGCCCCGACGCCGCAGCCCUGCAGCUGGCCCUGGACGAGAAGCUCUUCGGGCAGCACUUGGCCACAGAAGUCAUCCUGAAAGCCGUGACCGGCUUCGUUAACAACCCCAACCCGAAGAAGCCCCUGGCCCUCUCGCUGCACGGCUGGGCCGGGACGGGCAAAAACUUCGUGAGCAAGAUCGUCGCCGAGAACCUUUACAAAGCCGGGCUGAGCAGCAGAUUCGUCCACCUUUUCGUCUCCACACUGCAUUUUCCGCACGAGCAUCAGGUCCAACUGUACAAGGACCAGUUGCAGAAAUGGAUCCGGGGGAACGUGAGCGCGUGUGCGAAGUCCAUCUUCAUCUUCGAUGAAAUGGAUAAGUUGCACCCGGGGCUGAUUGACGCCAUCAAACCCUUCCUUGAUUACUACGAGCAGAUCGACGGUGUGUCGUAUCGGAAAGUCAUCUUCAUUUUCCUCAGUAAUGCAGGAGGCGACUUAAUCACAAAAGUUGCGCUCGACUUUUGGAGGAAGGGCCGAGAGAGGGAAGAGAUCCGGCUGAAAGAUUUGGAGGAGGUCUUGUCCCUGGGGGUUUUCAACAACAGGAACAGCGGCCUGUGGCACAGCAGCCUGAUUGACCGCAAUCUCAUCGAUUACUUCGUGCCUUUCCUUCCCCUGGAGUACAAGCACGUGAAGAUGUGCAUCCGGGCAGAGAUGAAAUCCCGCGGCAGUCCCGUCGACGACGAGAUCGUCCAGAAGGUGGCCGACGAGAUGACGUUUUUCCCCAAAGACGAGAGGAUUUACUCAGACAAAGGGUGUAAAACUGUGCAGACCAAGCUAGACUUCUGUUAAGGGCCGCGGGGCCAUAUUUCUGUCUUUAAGAGGACCGAAGGGUGGGAAGAAAGUCUUUGCAACCUUUCCCGUUGAUGCACUUUUUCUUUUUUUGAAGCAAAAAAGGCAGUCUCUGGAUAUGCACUUUUUUUUAAUGGUUGGAGAGUUUUUUCACAGCCACCGGGGGCUUUAGGGGCCCCGUCCCCUCCUUCCCAGGUGUGGACACCCCCAAAAUAUAGCUCUGAGCAUCUUCCAUGGUGCUGGACUUUUUAACACUUGCUAGUGGGAAGUCUCAAUCCGCUGGGGGGAAACUGAAAGAAAUCCACUCAGUUUUAUUACCCCGAACAGCCAGACUGAGCUAAACAGAUGCCUGAGCUGAGAAAAUGUGAAUUAAAACCAGUAAAUGUUGUCAGGUUCCUAUCCCACCCCCCCAAAAAACCUCUUUGAGAAUUUCAGGUCAGAGAAAGGUCAAAACCAGAGUGCCUUCUUAGGUCAGUAUCAAUGAGUGUCAUGUUGGAGAGGUCUCCUAAAUUCAGGGUAUCUUGCAGGCCAAUUGUAGCUAGUUCAUAAGCCUCUUGAGAUGUUGGAGGAGGGGUGCAGCUGUGCUCAAGGACCCCAUCGACUAGGGAAAAUAAAUUAUAAGCCUCUCCUUUACCUAACCAUCAUUCUUUCCUCUGGACCAAGUUCCCAGUCCUCUUGAGGUUUAUACACGUGAUGAUUUUCCUGUGGGUGGCCUGGAAGAAAUCCAGAAUUUUAUCUGACAGUUGUAUCUUCACCGGGUCAGUGAUGUGACUUUCUGCGGCCUCGGUUAUAAAUCCGCUGCCUAAAUCGAACUAAAUCGGCAAACACUGGGUGUGCAAUCUGCUUAGCCAUCUUAACACUUUUUAUAGAAGUAGCUUUAAAGAAAUGUAUUUUUUUAAUACAUGUUUUAUAUGCAGAACACUAGAGGGACGAUAUAACUGAAUGCAACUAGGGAAAAGAAGGAGAACUAUAAUAAAUAGGCGAUGGGAGAAGAUUUGGGCUGAAUUUUCUUUUUCCAGUUGCUUGUCUAUUACAGCCUUCCCCGACCUGCGUUGGAACUACAUUUUCCAAAAUUCUCUGCUCCUGGAGUUGUAGUCUUAACUGGUCGGACAGAUAGAAAGCUGGAGAAGGAUGUUAUAUAUUUGUAAGACUUAAUUGUGUGUAAUCAAGGAAUAAGGACCUGGGUCCUCGGAAAUGUGUCCUGCUCUUCGGCCAAGUGUGUAACUAUUCCAAAACCACAAAUGUUUCAGGAUGGGUUAAGGGAAGGAGUCAAAAUCCUACCAAAUUGGAAAUUUUUUGACCGGGAGGGGGGGCAGGAGGGAGGUGAAUUGCCCAGGGCAAAAAAUACUCUGAGUUCAGGGUAAGAACAUCAACUCACAUUUUCUUCCUUGGCCAAAUGUGGUUCUAUGGAAAAGGCAUCACGUUUUUUGUUCGAAGCUUUGAGGUCGCUGUCAGAAGUGGGGCAAUGCAUGGGGGGGAUUCUGUUUGGGGGCCUUUUGUUUUCCCACAAUCAGGACUGGUGAGAUGUUGUCUCCUUUGCAGAAGUUUUGGGGAAAAGUUGAAAAACGAUUGCAUCCGUAACCAGCUUACUGGUCCUCGCUGGGAACCGCGCUGGAAAUCUUGAGGUUCCUCGUGCAAGUUUCUAUGCUGUUCAAAGCUAGAAAUAAAUUAAAAAAUAAGA